AUGGCACAAGAAACGCCUCAAGCAGAGUUGCGUGGCCGAUUCGAGAUUGUGAAUUCGCUCUCCAGUUCAGUGGUCGACAUUGUCGCUGUUCCUGCUGUUGGGGCAAACCUACGGAAAUCAUGGGCGGGGGAGGAUACCGACAGACCAUGGCUGAUAUCAGAGGUCUUGAAACGGAUACCAAACGCACGGGUGUUGCUUUACGAUCAUGGAAAGCCAAGUGCGCACGACGAUCUCGAUUCUCUGGCUCAUCGUCUGCUAAAUCGGCUCCAUGAAGAACGACUGCGCGACCACGGUCGACGGCCCAUUUUCUUCGUCACCCAUAGUACUGGUGGACUGGUUGCUAAGGCAGCCUUGGUCAUUGCCAGUCAAUCGAAAUCAAAUAUCGAGUCGAUCUUCUCAAGCUGUUACGGAAUCGCAUUUAUCGCAACUCCCCAUCAUGGGUCGACAUAUCUAUCUGCCCCUGAGUACACUCAAAGCGUCUGCCGUUUGAUGCGACUGCAGUUUCGUGUCCCCAAUCAUAUGAGGGAAAGUUUUAAACCUCGACACCACCGACUUGUGCAACUCACUAGCCAAUUCAGAGCCAUCUCAGCGGAUAUGAAAGUUUGGACGUUCCUGGAGACAGUAGACUCUACUGUCAAUGUUGCUGGCUCAGAUCCUAGCAGUCCAGUCGAGGUUCAUGUGCCCAUCACAUCUAUUCGAUCAGGCCUACUAGGUCUGGAACAUGAAAAGGAGAUCCCUCUAGCCACUGAUCAUGUAGGGACGGCGUACUUCAAGGGUCAAGAGAAGACUACAAGAGCAAGCUUCGUUAAAGAACUUCAAUCUUCUGUCGCAAUGGCAGUUCGGUUAGCUGGAUUGACGGAUUCCUCGCUGUAUGUUGAAAAGGAAGUCAUGAUACAGGUCAACGGAUUCUUCGAAGACACGGCACUUGGAGUGAGCGAUGAGACGCCAUUGAAACUUUGGUCCACGAAAGUGGCUCUCUCAGACUAUCUAUCAAAAGGUCCGUCUCUGUGUCUGAAGGACAGACUCAGCAAAACAGGCAAGAUACCACCCGGCUCACUUGAUGGAUCUUCGGUGAGUAGCUUCGAGAGCAGGCGGUCCUCUUUUCAUGGAGAUUCUGAGCACGAUGAACCAUUGGAUGCCAUCGAUGAGCAGACAGAGAAAAUUCGACCAAGGCCCUCCAUCAAAAAGAGUCGCAGCUUUAUGCCCCAGAGUUCUCCAAGAAUCCAUAUCAGCGAGCCAACCACCGACAGCUAUUUUUCAAGGGAUAGCGAGGAUCCCAGUUAUGAACUAGAUAGUAGCUCAAUUACAGAUGAUGAAUCUUCUCCUCAAGAGGAAGACGGAGCACAUGAUAAUGAUGAGGUUUCAAACGAUCAUCUCAGCCUGAAGCUGAGCCAAACCGUGCCUCUGUUCGUCAAUGCAACAUCAAGAUAUUUUAAAGGGCUCCUUCCUGUGCCAUCAUCAAUAUCGGGUCAGCGGAAUGAGAUGGGAACAGACAAGCCUCGAGCAGCACCUCGUUUUGAUCGACCAGAGGCAGGCAGCGAAAAGCUUCUCUGGAUCCAUAUACCGUAUACACACACCGGAUGGGUCUCUCCGAUCCUAGCUAAAGCGUGUGCGGACCGCAAUAUUCCCGAUUUUCUCAGCAAAUUCAUAAACUCCGAGAAUUGGUACUCAAAGCUCAUCAGGGCUCGCCACUUGGAGCCUCACGCUCGCUAUGUACGGCCUAUGUGUAUUCACUCAAGGUCGAGUGGUGCCUCAUCCACAAGCCUUCCAGAAGGAACAAAGGAUCCUAAAUUCGCUCUCUAUCUGCAUUGGGACACAUACUGGAACCUAAUCCAACGUCGUAAAGUAAUCGAGGAUAGACUGCAGCAAAGAAGAUCAAGGCCGGUGCCAGAGAAAAUCUCAAAAUCACACCUAGAAGCGAAGGUGAUAUGGAAAUUCCUGGGGAACGAGCCGCCUAUCCAUCUACGAAGGACUUUGGAUCAAUUCGGAUAUCCGAAUCUGCGGUCUACCACAGCCAGAGAUGAUGACCAGAUGCUCUGGAAGCGGACCAGGAAAACGAUCAAUCCAAGGGAGGAACUGGGCGACUCGAUGCCAGCCCACGAUAAAGCGGAGAUUCCAGAUAUGUUCGAGGAUGGCAAGGUCCUCAUGGUGGACCAGCUCUGGCUCUGGAUCUUAGAUCAGAGAACCGUCGUGACCUUCUUCCCCAACCAAGAGGCUACAACAUCCGAAGGCAAGCUAUAUGAGCAAGCGAACCUACACAACAGCAUAUACAAUGAACUUAAUGGAGAUCUAGCCCGCCGGUUCGAGACGGCUGGUGAUCUUGCUGCGCUAAUAGUAUUACACUCAGUCACGCUUUUGCUCGACCGUACCCUACAUCAUGAUUUACAAGUCCUUCGCAUAUUUGAGGAGUCCAUCAGUAUUUUGACGGAAUCGGUAACGAGAUCAUUCAAACGGUUCCGAAGCCGGGGAUUCGUCAUAAACCCUGCCCAACACAAUAAGACAGCCGAUGGAAGAACAAUGACGAGCGCCGAACGUGAUGAAAGAGACGUCGGCGUGGCGAAACAGAACCGGGAAGACUUAUCUGCGUUACUCGAACUGAGAGACAUUAUGGACGAACUAGGCACUAUCAUGAAACUCCUCGACCAGCAGACGUCGACUGUCAAGACCAUGGCCAAGUACUUCGAAGAGAAGGGAUAUGGGAAAGUAUUCGUGCAGUCUACACUAUCCCGGCUGGACGAAUACCGCAACCAGGUUCAGGAAAUGAGAGAAAACGCCAUCCUUGCUCAGAAAGCAGUGGAAAACCUUCUAGACUUGAAGCAGAAACAGGCGAACGUCGAUGAAUCACGACUCGCCCGGUGGGAGGCAGAGGUAGCCCAGAACCAGUCUCGAUCUGUGAUGGUAUUCACAAUCUUCACUGUCAUCUUCCUCCCACUCUCAUUCUUCACAUCACUAUUCGGCAUCAAUGUCCGAGAGUGGAGCGGCGAACCCACAAAUCCCAACUUUCGCACAAUGUUCAUAAUAGCAGGACCAUCAUCCGUCGCCAUCAUCCUAAUUGCCCUCCUGCUAGCCUUCAAUGAAAGCCUUCGAGACACCGUCUCAAAGACACAUGCAGUCCUGAUCGGAAUGGCCAAGGACUUCCUUCUGGACCCCAUCAAGAGGCUCCUCCAUCUCGGCAAACCCCCCGAACCAGUAGAGAUGAGCUCGGCUGAAAGCAAGCAUGAGAAGGGUCGCUUUGAUCGGUACCUGUCGUCUCGGCGCUACCGUCGGCAAUUGGAUGAUAUCUGGAAGAGGCACCCGGAUCGGGUGAUCUCGCCGCUGCCCCCGGUGAUGAUGCAUGGUGAGAAUGGGUCGCACAGCUACGAUUAUCUGGGGAAGUUGAAACAGUCGAGCCAGCGGGAGAUCCCGCCAUAG